UUUCUCUCUCCCCGCCUUCCCGGCUGCCACUGUGGCGGGACGGAGGAUCCCGGCCAGUCAGCGCGCUCUGCUCUCGCGCUCCUCCUCCCAAAUAAACAGCCCUCCCCGCUCCCGGAGCCUGCACCACCCCCUUCCUCCCGCGGCCGGCGAGUGGGGAGGGAGCCAGCGCACGACGCGAGCCACGACGACUCCGGCAGGCAGUGCGUAAGGCGGACCGGGCUGGAGCAGCGGGCGGCCGGCCAACGGGACCAGCAACCUCGACCCCGCGAGCGGUGAGCAGUGGCCGCGCCAAGUCGGGCUCCGGGCCGGCGCGCACGCACGCACGCACUCGGGGGGCGGGGCCGGGGCCGGCGCGCGCCCGCCUGUCGCGACAGUCGGCGCCGAGGCCCAGGGGGAGGUGGCCUGUCGCGGGCAGCCCGGCUCCCGGAGGCGAAGGGGGCACUGGCGGAUGGCGGAAGGCGGCCAGCCGCAGCAGCCGCCGCCUCAGCUCGGGCCCGGCGCCGCUGCCCGGGGCAUGAAGCGCGAGUCGGAGCUGGAGCUGCCGGUGCCCGCAGCGGGAGGAGACGGCGGCGACCCCGGCCUGAGCAAGCGGCCGCGCACCGAGGAGGCGGCGGCGGACGGCGGCGGGAUGCAGAACGAGCCUCUGACCCCAGGUUAUCAUGGAUUCCCAGCACGGGACAGCCAGGGUAACCAGGAGCCGACAACAACUCCUGAUGCAAUGGUUCAGCCUUUUACUACCAUCCCGUUCCCACCACCUCCACAGAAUGGAAUUCCCACAGAAUAUGGAGUGCCACACACUCAGGACUAUGCCGGCCAGACCAGUGAACACAACCUGACACUCUACGGAAGUACGCAAGCCCACGGAGAGCAGAGUAGCAGUUCCCCCAGCAAUCAGAACGGAUCUCUCACGACAGAUGGUGGAGCACAGACAGACGGCCAGCAGUCACAGACACAAAGUAGUGAAAAUUCAGAGAGUAAAUCUACCCCUAAGCGACUACAUGUCUCUAAUAUUCCUUUCCGCUUCCGGGACCCUGACCUCCGGCAGAUGUUUGGGCAGUUUGGCAAAAUCCUAGAUGUAGAAAUAAUCUUUAAUGAGCGUGGCUCUAAGGGAUUCGGGUUCGUAACUUUCGAGAAUAGUGCUGAUGCAGACAGGGCCAGGGAGAAAUUGCACGGCACCGUGGUAGAGGGCCGUAAAAUCGAGGUGAAUAAUGCUACAGCACGUGUAAUGACCAAUAAGAAGAUGGUCACGCCAUAUGCAAACGGCUGGAAAUUAAGCCCAGUAGUUGGAGCUGUGUAUGGCCCUGAGUUAUAUGCAGCCUCCAGCUUUCAAGCAGAUGUGUCCCUAGGAAAUGAGGCAGCUGUGCCCCUUUCAGGAAGAGGGGGCAUCAACACUUACAUUCCUCUAAUCAGUCUCCCUUUAGUUCCUGGCUUCCCUUACCCAACUGCAGCCACCACGGCAGCCGCUUUCAGAGGAGCCCAUCUGCGGGGCAGAGGGCGGACAGUGUAUGGUGCAGUCCGAGCGGUACCUCCAGCAGCCAUCCCCGCCUAUCCAGGUGUGGUUUACCAGGACGGAUUUUACGGUGCUGACCUCUAUAUAGAAUCUGCAAACUGCUUCAGAUCAAACAGGGUGGAUAUGCAGCCUACAGAUAUGCACAGCCUGCUACUGCAACCGCAGCCACAGCUGCUGCAGCCGCUGCAGCCGCUUACAGCGACGGUUACGGCAGGGUGUACACAGCUGACCCCUACCAUGCCCUGGCCCCUGCCGCCAGCUAUGGAGUUGGCGCUGUGGCGAGUCUAUACCGAGGUGGCUACAGCCGAUUUGCCCCCUACUGAAGUGACGUGAGACCCCUGCAAAUGGGACAGCCCCAGUCCAUGAGGCCCGGCUAUUGCAAUAUGUACUAGUAGAGGAACUCUAUAGCAAGAUGAAGAGGAAACAAACAAACAAAAAACAAAAAAAGAGAGAAUACUUUUUUAUACCUCACUAUGUUCUUUGAAUAUGUAUUUUUUUUCUUUAAAUUUCUGCCUUUAAUUCUUUUGUUCCAAAGAUUGUGCAUUUUUUUCUUUUUUUUCUUUUUUUUUGGUUUUUUUUUUUUUUUUUUUUUUUAAACUGUGGUUAAAAAAAAAAAAAUAAUGCAUUUCCAUGUCUAAAUGUCCAUGCUUAGCUUGUUCUGUCGGUCACGGAAGAGGCAGUCCAGGAGGAAGGAGCAGAUAAAUGUGUUUGAUCAGAAAUCAGCAGACAGAAUUACCAAAGUGUGUCUGGUGCUGAGUGGCUGGUGACAAGCAGAGUGGGCAGGGCCUCUGCCACAGUGUGUUCUAGUCUUCUGAAUUUCUGAUCUUUGGCAGGUGGUUCUUACUGGCUGAGGCUGGGUUCCACAUGCUGCUAGGGGGAACUUUUGCUUACAAAGCAGGAGAAUUACAAAGACACUUUCCUCCUCUUCCCUCCUGUCUUCCCCCUCUUUACAAUCACCUUACACACAGCCUGAACAGUUGGCAUGGUUUGGGGAAUUGCAGUAUGGAUAUUUCCAAGCAUGCUGUCAGACUGUGGAUAGUGAACACCUCAUUAGGAAACGGAUCUUCGAAUGAACUCUGGAGUGUGGAAACACUUGUUUCUUUUCCUGAAAUCUCAGCAUUCCUGCUGGGCUUCCUCCCUUUAAUUGAGCCACUGUAUAGCUCAUCGAUUCUUAACAUGAUACUCCCAUGUCCUCAAGAUUCAGGAAUUUAGGACCCAGGGACAGAAGAAUGAAUAGUUAGUGGCCAGAUUUCCCCUAAAAUAAUCUGGGCACAGCUUGAAGAUUAAAAGUACAAAUUUUCUAGAGCCAUUAAAGAGCACGUAGAAGAGAAAAGGGAUAUAUGGUCUGAUCUCCUUUUUCUUGAAGCAUAAAGUCAGUACACAGUAUAAGAAGCAUCAGAAAGCCUCUCCUGGGAUAAGAUUAGGCACCAAGCCCCCUAGGUCUGCUGUCCUGGAACUUGUGGUGAUGCAGACAUAUCGGGACAGGCAGAGGCACUUUGUACUCUCUCUCCAAAGCCAUAGGAAUUUUUAUCUUCCAGAGCCUCUAUGAGUCAUUCUGUCCACAGUCUCCAGUCCUCACGGCCAUUGCACCCAGCUUUGCACUAUCCUCCAAAGAUGCCAGCCGAGCACCUGGACCCCUUGGUGAGCAUUAACACCACAGGCCACGGAAUCCAAGCCUGCCUUGAAGGAGGGUGUGAAAUGGCAAGGGUCCUCCUGCAGGGGCCAUGGCAAUGAAUCUGGCCUCGGUGUUAACAUUUCUAAGGUAGGGAAGAAAGAACUUCCCCAGAUCUGAGUAAGGCAAGUGUCCAACAGCGGUUCCAAAAUGAAGGCAUUGGGAAACAGGCCGGGUCAGCUGGCUCCCUGUCAGUUCACAUUGGUACUAGGGUGACCUUCACCCAAGGGAUCGCUGCUAAAGGGAGCAGUUCAGAGACAUGAGCUUCAGCUUUGUUAGGGGUUUGGUUUAGGUUGGUUUUGGGUUUUGUUGUGUUCUAUUCUGUUUUAUUUUGUUUGCUUCUGCCUCCACAUGUUUUUGACUGAUAAUUGAUUCAUGUCCCUGAAUUAAAGUGGCUGACAUUUGACUGCAUCAAGCAUUCUUUGUAAGCAGAAUGGUGUGUCUAGGAGGGCCCUGGCCUGCCCUCUCUUCCAAUACCUGGGGAGACAGAAUGGAAGCCAGAGGCGUCGAUAUAGUCAUUGAUUCUGGGGCAGAUGCAGGAUGGGGACCAAGACUGCCCAUCACUGGCUAUUAUGGAGUCCCUUCCCCCCAAGCCAAAGUCUGGUUUGUGCUGUUAAGACAAUUUUCAUUGUAUGUACAUAAACAUUUUAGUUAUGGGAAGGGAUUGGCUGGGGCCUUUCAGAGGUCUAGAGUGGGGCAGGGAGAAUUUUUCUUUGUUUUUUGUUUGAGAGAAUUUUUACUGACUAAAGAAACAGAAAAUAUGGGUCGUGUUUAAAUUAAUAAGGGCCAUUCUCACAAAAAGGCAAGCCUCUUUAUCCGUCGAGACUAGGGCUGUUUCCUUAACGGUUGUAUCCAUAGCAGGGGAGAAAGAGAUGAAGAUACUUUCUCGUCUUUUUUCCUAGACAGGAAUAGGAUGGCCCCGGCAGGGUGAAGAAGGCGGCUCUCAUGACCUCCAAAGGAGGCGGGCGCCAGGCUGGAGGGGUCUUCGUGCACUUCAGUUCAGCGGGUUCUGGCUGAGGCCCCCAAGCUCUGUUUUCCAGCGCCUCUCUGCUGCAUGCAUAGGGACUCCCGUGCCACUUCCUCAGCUCCCUUUUCCAAGAAAGAUUUGAUGGUGUUCAGCCUUUUUUACAAGGGUCUUUGGUUUUCAAGGUGGGCGCUGAGAGUUGGGGCUCCCCCAAGUGUCUGGAUUUCACAAUAUGAGCCUUGGAGCCCAGAGGUUUCCUGCAGUCCAUGCCAACAGAGGCAGAGUCCUCCAGGCCGCAGUUCUGGCAUAUGUGGCUGCAUUCAGAAGCAGGCCAAAGGAGAUGGGCCUUUGACUGAGGAGGCUGGGUGAUGAUUCCAAACAGCUCACCAGUGCUGAACCAGUGUGAGAAGGACCUCUUCUGCUUUGCAGGCGCUCAGAGCCUGGGCUUCCUAUGCUGUCUUGCUCUUAGAAGCUGGGCUCCUUUAAGGAGACUGCUAGUGAGAAAUCUUUAUCUGGCUAUCCCUCUUUCAGUCCAGAGAGCUGCCUUAGAUCUUUUCUAGAACUUCUGUGUUACUUAGUUCAACUCCAGUUAGCCCAGAUCCACCGUUAUUCAUCAUUUUUAAGGCUCUCAGGUUUCCCAGAACCUCCUCUCACCACCGUCCUGCAGUAGCCACAGUCUGAAUUGAGCCAAUGCAAUUUCUUUCCUUGGAAAAGAGGCAGACUGGAGCUCGGAUCCUAAUAUAGGGGCAGUUGGUGGCUGUGUAGUCAGUAGAAGUCCAUGCUAGCAGCUUUUCCUCGAUGUGGAUGCUCAGGGGCUACACUGCUGUUAGUUUGCCAGCUUUCCUAGAGACGCAGCCCAUGGAUCGUGACCAGCGCUGUCCUGUAACUAGUCGUGUAGCUUACAGGCACAGAGGACUUUAAGAUGCUGGAACAGCCCCCCAAGAUGUGCAGGAAGAGCAUGGUACACCCCUCCCUGUGCCAGCCUACAAGGCCAACCAAGGGGUGGUCUAGAAAACAGAUUUUUCAGGAAGGCAGGGACCCUUCCCCUUUGGCUCAGCCCAGCUGGCUCUCCACUAACUUGUAACUCUCUAGCACGGCAAUGUUUGCAGAAUUGAGCAGAUUUUCCCCCAGGUAUAAGGAGGAAAGGGACUUUGGGGGGUGGGGAAGGGGUCGUGGUGUUUUAAAAGCAUAAGUUACCUGUUUGCACUGUUUUAAGAUAGGAAAACAUAGUGGGCAAGGUGAACAUCCAUGUAAACGUGUGUGUUGUCAUGCUCUUGAGAAUGUCUGACCAUUUGUAGUAUACACCAGUGACACUUGAUUCUCUGUUGCAUAAAAACACUAUAUUUUUGGAAAUGUUACUGUCCAAAAGCCUCUUCGCCCUUCCUUCUCCUGUGAACUUCUUCAUCCUUGCUCCCCUCGUUAGCCAGGUGAUCGCCAUCCCGAGCUAGAGCAGGAAACAGGGCCCUUUCCAAGCAGGCUCUGGGUGUCCUAAGCCAGCCACAUGCCCUCUCGGUUACUGCGUGCAGGACAGUCCCUUGGCAGCUUUUCUUUGAAAAGGCUCACUGCCUACCACAGGUUGCCAUAUACUUCAGCGAGAGGCACUGGGAGUGAGCCAAGGGACAGAGGGGAUCCCUGAAGUAUUGCAGUUGGCUGUAGUAGCCAAGUUCUUAUGCACGUUACCGAAACUGUAGCCAGUUACAGUGUACUCAGGAAAACGGUAGAUCACUUCAGCCAUGGUAGUGCUGGUUGGCAGGGAUUGGUAACUGAGAGAACCGCUCAUCAGCCAAAAACUCAACCUUGCCUUGACAGAGACCACCUGCCGAGGGGCGUGGUCCUGUCUGGUAGUUAUAUACAUGCCAGCAGUGAGGGCUCCGCUCACCCUGGCAGGCAGAAAGGGAACAGCAACUCUCUUUUAUUUCCCCAACCCCCACUGAUUACCAAUACUGGAUUCCCAGGGGCACGUGAGUUUUUGAAGUUUUUUUUUUUUUUUUUUUUUUAAUGCUUUUGGUUUGGUUUUUCUGGGGCUGCCCCAUGCUUUAAGCAACGUCUGCCCCAUCAGGAUUCCCGGCUUAGCUGUUUUUCUUAUUUUCUGUUCACGGUAUUUUUUUUGUGCACAUGUGCUUGUUGGGCAGCUCAUUGUGGCUGUAUUCUAUAUUGAGUGAUGAAUAGCUCUCCCCCCCACCCCCCUGAAGGGACAUGGUUUUCUUUUCCCUACUGUGUUACCAUUCUGCUUGUGAAUAGUUGGAGCUACCUGGGGCUGACACAUAAGCUAGGGCUGCAGAGAACUGAGGCUCUAGGCUUUCCAGCCUAGAUCUUUGCAAGGCUUGAAGUGCCCUAGAACCUCUCUUCUCUCCUCCCACCCCUAUGGCAGGGAGUGACUGGCCAGGCAGCAACCAUGUAGCUUCCCCUGGCCCCUCAUGUUGCCAUGGCAGGACAGGUACCUUUGGGGUUGCGGGGAGGGGACAUCCAUGGAUGCUUGUACAAUUGGCCACCUAGCCUUGUCUCCUAUCUUCCCAUCCUCCCCCAGAAUCACCCACUAGGACACCCGAGCUGCUUGCCCAGGGUCCUGUUUCCCUGCUAACUCCAGAGAAGCACCCAGGGCUUUGUGACAGUCUCUAACUCCCUCCCUCCUUGUUAAGAAUCAUAUUGUAUAGUAGCUUUCAGACCAUACAGUAUUCAUUGGGUUACUCAGUACUAUUAUUAUCAAGUAGCUGGAAUUGUGAAGGUUGGAAGUAGUUAGAUCUUUAGCUUUUAUUCCUUAUUUUUUUGUAUUACUCUCCAUGUGUAUAAAUUAUUGAUCAUGUUGCUGGCUUUUAUAAACUCUAAGCAAAGGAGGGGUACUGCCUCAGCCUUUGCGAAUGGUAAUGAAGCACUGUUUUUAAAUAAAAGAGAGAAACACCA